GUAUUAUUCCAUGAAUGAAUUCAUCUAUCCCUGCAAGAACUUGAGAAAAGAAGAAUUCCAAUAUUUAUUGUCACUUCCAUUUUCUUUAAAGUUUGAGAAUAAUUAAACUCCACUUUAGGUCUACAAGUAUGCCAAUGGAUGAAGGGCUAUACAGAGCAGCUCAAAGUAGUGAUAUGAGGGUCUUAAGAAAAUACAAGGGCCAGCUCACCACGCAGUUAACUCCAUAUAAGAACACGGUCCUUCAUAUUGCAGCUCAUUACACUGAUUUCUCUCCCAAAGAAGCCGAGGAAUUUCUUGCUAUUGUUGGUCUAGACCUGUUAUUCUGCUUGAACUCUAAUGAGGAUACUUGUAUUCAUGUGGCAGCUAGGAAAGGCCAUUUCGAUCUCAUCGAAGCCCUUAUUCGCUACAUGAAAAAAAAUUGCUCAGCUGACCGCGAAAGUCGUAUUGAACCUGUCCAGCUCUUGAGGAUUUCCAACAGUAAUGGAAACAUGGCCUUGCACGAAGCUGUGAUUCAUAGGCGUCACCGGGUGGUGGAAAUGUUGGUUAAAGAAGAUGCUGACUUCACACAUCCGCCCAACAAAGCUUCGAAAAGUCCACUAUUUCUGGCUAUGGAGAAGAAAGACAAGGUUUCUGCUGAAUUGAUCUUGGACAACUCCAGUUCACCAUCCUAUGAAGGCCCUUGCAGCACUACGGCGCUACAUGCAGCUGCAUUAGUCCUAUAUGGUGCUUAUGGUAUUUCCCAUUUUUUACCUAUUGGCGCAGAAUGCUUGGAAAUGAUACUAGGAAGGAACCCAGCAGGAUGCUUGGAAAAGAUACUAGAAAAGAACCCAAAAUUAAUAAAUCAAGUAGAUGAUGAGGGAUGGAGUCCGCUCCAUUUCGCGGCAUUUUUAGGGACUUCACGGACAGUGAGGACAUUAUUAAAGAAAGAUAAACGGAUGGCAUAUGAAACCAUAAAACAAGACAAUAAAACACCCCUCCAUUUGGCAGCCCUUAAUGCUAGGCCAUUUGCCGCGAAAGAGAUUAUUGAACAUUGUCCAGAUUCUACUGAGGCGGUAACAAGUAAAGGCCAUGAUGCUCUUCGCCUUGCAUGGCUAAAUCGCAGUACGAGAGUACGAACUACUGUUGAUCUUGGUCAAUUCAACAUUCUGCAAUCUGUCUUGGACCACCAUGCUGAACAGUCAAGUGACCCAGGCGUCGUCAUACAUCACCCAUACUUGGAUGAAACAAAUCUAUGGUGGCGGGGGAAAGAAGUAAAAAAUAAACUCGCAGAAGACAAAGACUCCUGGACAGACAGAAUAAACACACAUUUGCUAGUGGCUACACUCAUAGUGACAAUUGCUUUCGCUGCUGGCUUCACCAUUCCUGGUGGAUAUGAGGACGAUUUUCCAAAUGAAGGCACGGCAAUCUUAUCGAGGAAAACAGCCUUCCAAGCGUUCGUGGUAGCUGAUACACUUGCCAUGAUAUUUUCUACGUUUGCAGUAAUUCUGCACUUCAUUGCAUCCCUUAAGCGAGGGACUAUGACGUAUUAUCGUUACAUGUGGGCUGCAAUAUUCAUCACAAUUGCUAUGGUAGCAAUGAUGAUAGCAUUUACGACUGGCUUGUAUGUUGUGCUACGUCCUUCCCAAGGCCUAGCCAUAGCUGCCUGUGUCAUGUGCUCUGUGUCACUUUUCGGUUUUAUGUUUGUAUUCGAUGUGGAAGGGCUCUUACAUACUACUAGAAAACAUGGAAGGGCUCUUAUAUACUACUAGAAAACAUGUCCGCGCUUCGCGCUGUAUAUAAAUAACUUUUAGAAUUCUCUGUUAUGUACUAGUUUCUCGGCAUGUGCGUUGCACGUGUAUGCCAACUUAUGUAGACAUAAUCUUGUAAAGUAAUAUCCAUAUUAUUAAAAUAGUGCUACAUGAUAAUAAUGUACCAGUUUCCAUGAAUGAU